CACACCCACUUCUCAUAGCCUGCUCUGGGCUGUGCUGUAGUCAUUGGCUCCUCAGCAGAAUGUACUGCUUUUCACACACUGCUCCCCUCCCUCCCAGUGCUGGGUUGUACUGCUGUGUGACAACGCUGUUGCCUGCACUCUUCAGUCAGGAGUGAGCAAAGCUGGAUUGAGCCACUAGAUCGAUGGAAACCAUGAAGGGUUAACUCCCUGCAACCUCGCUGCUGAUCUCUUCAGGGCAAGGGUGGAAGACAGGGGUCUGACUGUCUGCUUUCAUCACUUUCUUCUGCCUUGGAGGAGUACUCUGACAUGUCUGGGGCUCUGUGUAAAAGUCUAUAUGCUUUUACUGGGGACCAGCAUCAACAAGGACUAAAGUUUGAGGCUGGGGAGGUGAUUACAGUUCUGCAGGUGCUGGAUGGAGGCUGGUGGGAAGGGGAGAAGGACGGAGUCAGAGGCUGGUUCCCUGCUAGUUAUGUGCAGAUCUUGGAGAAACCUGGUAUGAUGAACCCACAGAGAAUUGAAGAUUCUACCCAGGGUACUCUCCCCCAGGGCUGGCAGUGUUACAUGUCUCCACAAGGCCGUAGAUACUAUGUAAACACAAUCACCAAUGAGACAACGUGGGAGAGACCGAACAGUUCACCUGUGAGCAUAAAAAGUCCAUUAGUUAAGAAGACCUCGUUACCUACAGUAAAUGGAUUCCAUUCGUCAGGUUCUCCUUUACAUCAGCAGGAAUCUGGUCAUGUAAACAUCCGAAAACCCAACAGUGACCCCCAGAGCCCAGGGUCCCUGUCACCCACCAAAAAACAGAAUAAGGAGACAAUCCUCACAAUAAACUGUGUAACUUUUCCCCACCCUGACACAAUGCCGGAACAGCAGCUGUUAAAGCCUGGAGAGUGGAGUUACUGCGAUUACUUCUGGGCAGAUAAAAAGGAUCCACAAGGUAACAAUACAGUAACUGGAUUUGAAGAGCUCCUCCAGAAACAGCUGAAGGGGAAGCAAAUGCAGAAAGAAAUGGCAGAAUUUAUCCGUGAACGAAUAAAGAUCGAAGAAGAAUAUGCAAAAAAUCUUGCAAAAUUAUCACAAAAUUCACUGGCAUCACAGGAGGAAGGAACUCUGGGAGAAUCGUGGGCACAAGUAAAGAAAAGUCUUGCAGAUGAGGCUGAGGUUCAUCUUAAAUUUUCCUCAAAGUUACAAAGCGAGGUGGAGAAACCGCUACUUAAUUUCAGAGAAAACUUCAAAAAAGACAUGAAAAAGUUUGACCACCACAUAGCAGACCUACGGAAGCAGCUUGCCAGCCGUUAUGCAGCAGUGGAAAAGGCCAGGAAAGCUUUGGCCGAGAGGCAGAAGGAUCUUGAAGUGAAAACACAACAGUUAGAAAUUAAACUGAGCAACAAGACAGAAGAAGAUAUUAAGAAGGCUCGGCGGAAGUCAACACAAGCAGGUGAUGACUUGAUGCGGUGUGUGGACCUUUACAACCAAGCACAGUCCAAAUGGUUUGAAGAGAUGGUGACAACCACUUUGGAAUUGGAGAGGUUGGAGGUGGAACGUGUUGAGAUGAUACGUCAGCACCUUUGUCAGUACACACAGUUACGGCAUGAAACAGACAUGUUUAACCAAAGUACCGUAGAACCUGUGGAUCAGCUGCUGCAGAAAGUGGAUCCCACCAAAGACAGGGAAUUAUGGGUGAAGGAGCAUAAGACAGGCGACAUCAGACCCAUUGACAUGGACAUAUAGUCUUCUGUUGCAGAAGUUUUGCCAUUCUUGUGGUUUGAGGGUUAUUUAUACAGCUGCAGCCUGGUUAUUGUAAACUGCUGUAAGAUAUACAAGGUCAUUUAUUACUGUGUCACCAAAUAAUUAUUUUUAAUAAGGGACACUGGGAUUUAUUUGUUUCAAUCUAUGAAUGUGGAAUGUAGACAUUGGCAUGUAGCAUGUCACACAUGCGGCCCAGACUCUUAGCCUGUCUUUGAUCCAGAUUUAUAAGGUUUGGAACACUAGAUGCCACAUAAAGGCAAUGCAUAAAAUGUGCUUUUCCAAACAAAGGCUUGAUCUGUUUCGGGUAAAAUUAGAAGUUAACGGUGCCUGAUUUGCUAGAACACUAGGGGGGAAUUCAAUUAGCCGUGGUAGAUUGCCGCAGGCUAAUUGAGCUCUGCGGGGAUAUUCAGUUAGCCCCAACGCCAGGAGUCAUCAUGGAUUUUUAUUCACCUGCCUCAGGCAGACAAAAAAAAAUUCCUUAUAACGCUGGGUCUAAUGGGUGCCGCGUUGGGGUUAACGCACAACUCCUUUUCACGGAUUCUGAGAGUAAACGCCUAUUAGCACAUUAAGAUAACGGGGCUUAACAAGCCUAUUGGGAGAAGCCGGGAGGCUAAUUGAAUAACCUUGGGCAUUAAUGCCCGAGGUUACCUCUAGCUGUCACCCUCUGUAUUUUACCGCGGGUAAUUGAAUUUACCCCUUGUUGCAUAAGCACUAGCUGCAUGCAUAUCAGUAAUUAUAUCUAACAGAGCAAACCACAAAUUUUAAAACUUAAAUUUAAAGAAUCUGUAUUUGUGGUCUGCAUCUCAGAAACAUGGGCGCGAUCAGAGAGUUGAAUAGAAAUAAAUAUUAGAAUAAUCUGUUGUCACAACUUUAUUGAUUACAGAAAAGUGUAGUUCCUUUUUUUUUUCCAGCUAUGGCUCUAGAAAAUAUUAUACAAUGUAGUCUGAAAUCCCGGAGUUCUGUACUUCUGAAUGAAAGCUCUUAAAUGUGCAUUCCAAUAGCUUUGCUAUGCACAGGCAGAUGCAGUCAUUUAAUCUGAGCAUUGAAUGGCACUUUAUGUCCAGUUUGGUUACUCAGUGGUGACCUAAUUGGAUGAAUGUGUGGCUUGAUGCUCAAGCUAAUUGACGGAACCAUGUGAGGCCUAGCUAGUAUAACUUGCUGAAGACGUGCGCACCAGCAGAUUAUGGUCACCUGAUCUAUCCCUGUCAGAUGUUCAACAUUGCUGGUGGCUGCUGUGAUAUGCAGCCACUUUGGUAAUAACAAGACUGGUCAGCUGCAGUAUAUAAUGAUUACCUAGAGGCUGCUGUAUUGUACAGUGGAAUCUGUGCAGUUAGGUCCUGGAUAUUUAUAGACAUAUGUUUAUAGUCUGCACUCCAGUAAUUACAUUGUGUUGAGUUGCAUUACUGCUAGAUUUUGUUGUAGCUGUUAACAGCCCUCUUCAAGAAAGCAAUCAAAUUAUUAUGAAUUGUAACAAUUCAGGCCAUGACUUCUGCUUAAUUAAAUGAAAAUGCAAUAAUCAAGGCUUUGCAGUACUUUUGGUUGGCCUAUUGGGAAAGGAUGGAACAGCGGAUAGAUGAAAAUAUUAUAGUAUGAUGUGCUUUAUUCAUAUCCACAAAAUAAUAGAAAACUCUUGCACAUAGAAGACUAAAUAAACAAGCCUGUCAAGCUCAUUACCCUGUAAAUCAUGUUACAUUCAGUUUCUUAUACAGGAAACAGUUACCAGGAAAAAUAAUUGAUUGGCUGGGACACCUUGGUUUGUUUUAUUGUUUCAAACCCAAUACAGCAAGCCAGUGACUGUGCCCACUGGUGCAGAGGGGAGGGGGGAGCUCGGGUACUAAUUACCCAGGACCGUUGCCCUCCGAGAAUAUAAUUACCUUCUUCUGGGAAGUGGGUCCCUCCACCACAGCCAGCACCAUCUUCCCAGUGACAGCUUCCGCACAUUGAGAGCAAAGACUCUGGUAUAUAACUGGGAAGAUGGCGCCAUCCGAGGAGGGAAGAUCCGCUUCCCGGAGCAAGCAAGUGUUGGGGCCCGCAUGACUCUCUACAGCCCUGACUGUACCAAGCCAUGCCAUUAAUGAAGAACAGCCUUCCUUCUUAUAGCUCAUUGUAUUUGCUGUGCCACAUUAUUGACAAUGACCAUGUAUUUUACCAGUAUUCACUGGGUUUAUCAGACACUUGUACCAAAUUACAGUAUGCACCAAUGAGCCAUUACACAGUUCUGAACACAAAGUGCAGCCAAAGCUACUGACAAUAGAAGAGACCAUCUGUGUACCAACGGAACUCCUCACACACUGGAUCAAGAUGCCUACUAGAUUUAUAUUCAUACUGUACAUAGGUGGAAAAACCAAUGACAUCAGUGUGGCAAAAAGGAUUUUAUUUUUGGACUGGGCAGUCAUGGGCCUGUAGGAAAUGUUACUACAGGGGGAGUUGAAGCAGUAGACUACAUAAGACGUUCUUUUAAACUUGUAGGACUCAUUUUUAAUUUUCAAACCAAUAUGAAUGGUUAACUACUGCAUACUGAGGUACUGGGUACCCCGUCUCAUUUUAGGGGAGUAAUUUGUGUGUGUGAGAUAGAUAUAUAUAUAUAUAUAUAUAUAUAUGUGUGUGACAGAAUCUGAAAAUGUCUUUGAUGGACUGGCUACAAUAUAAUGUUAUUUUCUAUUAAAAAAAGUCUUUAUUGAGGAUAUGAAAAAAAUAAUCUUUUUUUGACCAUGUUUCCUUUCAUUUCAGUCAUAAUUUCUUACUUUUCCAGUACUGAGAUGAUAUUCAGUCCAAAACUUUAAGAACGUGUAUUUGCUUACUAUACUUUACAUUGAGAUAAGACACAGAAAGUAGCAUAAAUGGUUUUAAACCGUAUGUAAUAAGACGUACAGUUAAGGCAAGAUUUUUGUUCCUCAUAUUUUCUAUAAUAUCUCGCUAUGUGUUUAGAAAAUGAAGACGUUUUACAGUAUAACAGGUGUUAAUGUUUUAAGGGGUUCUGUGAUUGAAAGUCCUGUGGAAUACUAUGCAGCUGUAAGUGUGUUAAAUAGAAGGAUUCAUAACCAUUCAGAAAGUACAAAGUGCAGUGGAGUUCUGGGCUGUCAAUAUGUGGCAAAACUCACCGGUAUAUGCUGUUGUGUUAAGGUAAUGGGGGUAUUCUAUUAGCCGUGGUCAUUUUUCACACUGAAAUAUCGGGGGGGGG